AAGUCCCACAAUGCCGGCGAAACCAGUUCUGAGCCAAAGUACUGGCUAUGGACUCAUCAUUGGCUUGGGCUUUCUCUUCGCUUUCGGGAUGAUGCUCUGCACAUUUGUGCUCAGGCGGUACAACAACGAGCUUAACACGUCCGAAGUGUUUAGUACAGCAGGAAGAACCGUGAAGACAGGACUGGUCUCGGCAGCCGUCGUGUCAUCGUGGACGUGGGCAGCAACAGUGAUGCAGUCGUCUGCCAUUGCAUAUCAAUAUGGAGUCUCGGGGCCGUUUUGGUACGCCAGUGGAGCGACUGCACAGAUCCUUCUGUUUGCAACACUAGCCAUCGAAUUGAAGCGCAAGGCUCCGAAUGCGCAUACAUUCCUCGAAGCAAUUCGCGCUCGCUACGGCGGCGCCACUCAUGGAGUCUUCAUCACUUUUGGCCUGUUGACCAACGUCCUUGUGACAGCCAUGCUCCUUACUGGUGGUUCUGCAGUUGCAAGCGCGCUGUCUGGCGUCCCUACCGCUGCAGCUUGCUUCCUGCUGCCAGUAGGAGUGGUGCUCUACACCAUCUUCGGAGGCAUCAAGGCCACAUUUCUUACCGACUAUGUGCAUACUAUCGUCAUUAUGGUCGUGCUGUUCCUGUUUGCGUUCACCGCUUUUGCAACUUCCGACAAGCUGGGUAGUCCUGGCGCCGUGUGGGAGGCGUUGACUGAGGCUGGAAAGCGUCAUCCUGUCGACGGCAAUGCUGGCGGUAGCUAUCUGACUAUGAAAUCCCGAGACGGGGGUAUCUUCUUCUUGAUCAAUCUCACGGAGAACUUUGCCACAGUCUUCCUGGAUAAUGGCUACUGGAACAAGGCCAUUGCCGCGUCUCCAGCUCACGCUCUGCCAGGUUAUGUCGCGGGAGGUCUUGCCUGGUUCGCGAUUCCAUGGCUUGCAGCCACCACAAUGGGCUUAUCCGCACUUGCUCUGGAGAACAACCCAUCCUUCCCGACCUAUCCCAACCGCAUGGACCCAGCAGAUGUCAAAGCUGGCCUUCCUCUUCCAUACGCCGCUGUCGCUCUGUUGGGAUCGAAGGGUGCUGCUGCUACGCUUGUCCUCGUGUUCAUGGCAGUAACAUCGGCGAUGUCGGCAGAGCUGAUUGCCGUGAGCACAAUAUGUACCUACGAUAUCUACAAGGCCUACAUCAAUCCGCAAGCGAGUUCUAAGAGCCUCAUUCGAGUGUCGCACUUGAGCUGCAUCAUCUACUCGAUCUGCAUGGCAGCUAUCAGCACCGGUUUAUACUACGGAGGAAUCAGUCUCGGCUACUUGUACCUCCUCAUGGGCGUCAUCGUCAGCGGAGCAGUCAUACCAGCAACAGCAACCCUCUUCCUCACCAACCAAUCUUGGGCCGCAGCAACAUUCUCUCCCCCUCUGGGACUCGUCUGUUCCAUCAUCAGCUGGCUCUCACACGCCAAAAGCGCCUAUGGCUACGUGAACCUCGAGUCCACGGGCGAUCAGAAUGUCAUGCUGACGGGAAAUCUCGUUUCGCUCUUGAGUCCCUUACUCUUCAUCCCCGUCCUCUCUCUCGUAUUCAAAAGCCCCAAAUACGACUGGAAGACCAUGGGUUACAUCCGCCGCGAUGACGAUUCCGAUCUACUCCAAAACGACCUGGAACAAGUCGAUGAUGAUCAUGAUGCCUCGAACCCGUCCGCACCGACGAGCAGGUCCAUCGCAGAAGCCGAGCGGAAACAACUCGAUCGAUCCGUCAAAACUGCAGGAUACCUCACCAUCGGCCUCUCGCUGGCCACACUCAUUCUGUGGCCCAUGCCCAUGUUUGGAACGGGAUACAUUUUUUCCAAAAAAUUCUUCACGGGAUGGGUCGUGUGUUGCUUCCUAUGGCUGUUUUGCUCGGCCAUUUGUGUGGGAAUUUAUCCUUUGUGGGAAGGAAGAGAAACGUGCGCACGAACAUUCAAAGCCAUUGUGAGAGAUUUGCGCGGAGGUGGAAGGGUGAAGCCGUCGAACAUGACCGUUACUCAUGGAGAGGUGGUGAAUGUGGCGGGAGAAAAAGGAGGCGAGGAGAGGGAAUCGGAAAAGGAGGAUGAAAAGCACACUUCCGAGACACCUCCACACGUGGAGCUUGCCAAAUAA